AUGAAUCAAAAAGAAAAUUUUGAUUAAGCUAGCUAAGAUUUUGGAUUCCAAAAGUAAUUUAAAGAAAUUUAUAGUGAGGAGAUGAAAGAAGAAGGAUAAUAUUUGAAUUAAAUACAAUAGGAAUUAGAUUAAUAUAAUGAGGAAUUAGAAAGUACAAAGUCUUUUGAAAUUCAAAAAGAUGAUAUCAAUGAAUACUUAGAUUAUUAGUCUUAAAAAACAGCAGAUAUUUAGCGCAUUAGAAGCGAAAUCCAAAACCUUGAAAAAGAAAAAAAUUAUUUUUUAUCUCUUGACAAACAGCCUAGUUUGUAAAGGCACAGUUUCCCUUUAUAUAGCGACUCAAAUAGAAAUCCUUUUAAAAAUAUCAAUAUAGUAGAAAAUCAUUAGAAUGUUAAUGUAAAAAGUGCAUCAAAUCAAAUUUUAUUAUAAAAUAUUCAAAAAGAAAAUAUUUUAAAUAAAGAAUAAUUUAAUAGUAACAUAGAAAACAAGCAAACUAGUUAAAGAAAUAAUAACAGCAACAACUAUGAAAGCAAAGAAGUUUAAUAGUAACAAGUUAAAAGCAAUUUUGAAGGAUUAAGUCUAUAAAGAGGAGAUUAUUCUUCAAGAAACGAAGAUAAUCACUUAAGUUAAUUAUAAAAUUAAGCGAUAAACACUUAAUAAAAGGCUCAAUAAUAACAGUAUUAAAUAUAAUAGUAGUAAAUCACAUAGUAAAUGCAAUAGAGUUAAAAAUUGCAAUAAGCUGAUUAAUAAGACAUUUAGUAGAGGCUAGAAAGCAAUAGAGCUUUGUAAGAUGAUAAAAUUAAGUAGCUUGAAAAGAUGAUAUAAGUUUAAAAUCAGUUCAUGCUUGGAAUUCAGAAUUAACAAGAAAUAUAUUAUGCUCGCCUUUAUUCUGAUAUCAAAAAGCAAUAUGAAAAUUUAGAAAUUUAAUCAUAAAAAGAAAAAAAGGAAAUGGAAGAAACUAUUUCGUAGCUUAGAAAGCAACUUAAAUCUAGCUAAGAAGAGAAUCAGAAAAAGUAAAAAUCCUUGAUGAAAAUUUUAAAUUAUUACAAUACAUUAAAAAUAGAUUACGAGAAGUUAGUUUCUAAAUGGCAACAUUAAUAGUCCAUUUUAAUAAACACUUCUUCUUCUCAAAAUCAAUAACAAUUAUCUUCAAUCUUUGCCUAUCCCUACUCUUAAGGCGAUAUGGAAAUAUCAGAAUAUGGUGUUAGCUAAGCUAAUUUAAAUAAUUUAAAUAUUAAUUGUUCAAUCACUUCUGAAAAAGUGUAUUUAAGGUAAUCUAAAGACUGCUAAUAGCUAGAGAAAUAAGCUUAUUCAAAUUAAAUAAGUUCAAACAAAGAAUUACAACUUACUCAAAAUUCUUAAAGAGAAAAUAACUUAUCAAACGCUUAUAGCAAUCCAAUUGAGUAAGAGGAUGAUCUAAAAUAGAGCAUAGAUUCAGACGGAGUCAGUAUUGUUAAAGGAAACCGUAGCAAUAAGAGCUUAAAUGCUAAUUUUCCUUCAGGUAAACAAAAAAAUCCAUCAAAUGGAAAUAGCAACUUUGUGCAAGCAGUGAGCCAAUUCAAAGAAGAUUAGAAUGUGAGAGAUUCAUAUUAAUAGAGAUAAUCCUUCAUUAAAAGUAGCAUCUCAGCAGGUAACACUUCAACAAGCAAAGGCACAAAGUUUCUAUAAAUGUAUUAAUAAUAAGAAUAAUUUCAAGCUAAAGACUAUGAAUAGUUAGAAGAAGACAUAAAUUUAUUUUGUGAUGAUGAUGAUAUUGUUGUAAGAUAGAGUUUAGAAAACAACACAAAAUUAUUUGAUAAUUUCUUCUCUCCCAGAGGAAACAAGACAGCUUAAACAGCUAAGUACACAAUUACAGGAUCAACUUCAACUAGCUCUUAGGAUAAAAUAUUCAAAACUGAUGAAAAAAUUUUAGAAAAAUAGUAUUGGAGUUCUGACUUUAGAGAAAAUGCUGAAACAUAGCCUUUUUCAUUAUCAAAAUUGUCAUAAAUUUAAUCCUAAAAUAACUUGAAUUAAGGAAAAAAAGGAGUGGAUGGAGGUAGUAAUAUUAGUACCAAGCACAAGUCUUCUUAAUCAACUUAGUAAUAGUAUCAAUAUAAUAACAGCUAGUUUGAAAACUAACCAACUUCAUUGUCAUCUUAAAACUCUUUAGGUGGCAUUGUAAAAAAUUAAGACAAAAGAAAGAGUAUUUCUCCUAGCAGAUAAUAAGCUUCAACAAGAAGACUGACACAAGAAAACAAAUAAGAAGACAGUUAUUAAAAAAACUAACAAAUAGAGGCAUAAGACGAAAACUCUUCUUCCAGAUAUGAAAUCUCUUAGAACGCACAGCAAAGCUAGCUAUUCAAAAAAGCUUUGCAAAUAAGCAAUAAACCUUAGAACACAUUAUUCCUUUCGCACAAUGACAAUUAAGACUUAGAAAUUACUAAUUUUUCUAAAAAUCAAUAGAAUCAAUAUCAUCACCAAAUACAAACAACUAUAUGCUCAUCUUUAGAAGGUUUACCUAAGAAUUCUCAACUAACUCCUCAAUCUAACACUUAAUUAAUAGGUGGCAGUAUUAAAAUUCAAGAUAGCUUUAACAAGUUGCUGAGUAAAAGCUAUAGCAAAAUUCCAUAAAGCAAUUUUGGAAACGGAGAAGUAAAUUAAAGUAAUAAUAAUAUUAAUUAAGAAAACAGUAGAAAAAAUAAUAAUAAUAUUGAUUCAAGUUCUUCAUCAAAUUCAUCACAAGUUUAAUAAACUUAACCUUCAACAAAUAAUUAAAAAUCAUAAAAACUUAGUAGCUAAAAAUUAACAAUUUCAACUUCAAACAUCUAACCUAAUGCAAGCAAAAUUUCAAAUAAUUUUUCAUAGGUUGAAUUUAAUCCAAGCCCUAAGCUGAUCCAAAAAAAAAAACACUUCCCAAGCUAGAUUAAUUAAUCAAAUUCAACUUUAAAUUAAAAUUCAUAUGUUGUCACAAGUAGUAAUGGAGGAGGAAUUUUGGGAACCUCAAACUCUUGUGAAGCUAAUAUAGUAAACAACUUCAUGAAAAAAGAAAAGAUGGUAACAGAACCAAGUGAAUCAACAGAAAAAUCAAUAGCCAAACAACUUUCUUAAAGACAAAAUAGCUCAGGUUAAUCUUAAAAUAAAAACAGCUACACCAAUAACUCAAGUGAUUUCUCUCACAACUACAAUUUAACAGAUAGAAAUACUCAAUAAAAUAAAAAUACAUCAGGCUCUAGUAUGCAAAAUUACAAUUAAAAUGCAUACAACAAUUUUUAAAAGCAAAGCUCAAAUCCUAAACUAGUAUAGCAAUCAUAAAUAAAUUCAGUUCAAAAGAAAUAAGAAAAUUAAAAUUCAGGAAUUACUUAAAAUGGAAUGAAUCCUAGUAUUUCUAAACAAUAGCAUGGAAAUUCAUACUAAUUUAGUUAGUCUAAAAUUCAUAAUAUGUAAAAUGCUAUGUCUUCAAUUUCUUAAUACCAAAUAAAGACUACUUUUGAAAAUAACUAUUUAAGUCCAACAAACAAUAACUCUAUCAAAUCUAAAAAUCUUAUUACAUAAUCUUAAUAAUAAACUUUAAAUGUCUCAAGCUAAUUUGAUUCUAACAAUAAUACAAUUAAUAACAGUAAUGCAAAUUUUCAAGCUAACUAAUUUUAACAAUACGGUUAAUUAAAUAGUCUAAAUAAAAAACUUUUAAACGACAAAGUUAACAAACUAAUCCAAGGUAAAAAGCAAACACAACUAAACAAUUACAAUUCAGCAGCAACAACUACAGUAUCUAUGAAUAAUUCUGAAAACGUUAAUUUAAUCAACACAAGUCUUUCGACUUCAAAUCAUGUAGGAAUGAUUCUAAGUCCCUCUUCAAGAAAGUAGUUAAACAAUCAAAAUAAUUUAUAAGCAAAUAUAUAAAAUUCUGCUAAUUUGCAAAAAGAGUAUGGCUACACAUCGAAGUAGCGCUUUCAUACCUUAGAAUGCUGA